AUCAUAACAAAUAAUGAAAAUAAUGAUUUUGGAUCAAUAAACUGCACAAACUAAUAUCUAAAACUAUCCAAGUAUUGGUUUGCCGGACUUACGGUUGUGGAUGUUAUAAAAAUCAGUAGGCGAGCUCAAAAUUAUAAGAACAGCUGUACAGAAAUGAAGGCAUCUACAACAAGUGCAACCAAAUCGCGUCUAACGAGUCUCACCGAGGAUAUAGCCAUCAUUCCCGAGGAUGCGCCGUUUCGUUCCCGCCUACACCAACUGUUUGCCCAAAUCGAGAAGGAAUUUGAGCAGCUCUAUUUAGAAAAUCUCAAUUUGCAAGAUAAACUUGAUAAUGUGGCCUCAAGCACCAGAGACUCUUCGUUGUUAUAUGAUCAACGCUCAACAGCUGGUGGCGUAAGUGGCGCACUCGCUGCCACCGGUAGUAGCGGUGGAGCUUCGUUAGCAGCAACACCAGCGACACCGUCAGCACCGCAAGGAGAUGAAAUUGGCGCCAGUUUGCUGGCAGCUGCCUCCAGCACACACAAGAGCCUCAAGGCCAAGCUAAGCAGCGCCACCGGUGGCAGCAAAGUGAAGGCUAGCAACAAAAUCAAAGCGCAGACCAGCCGCAUUGUCUCCAGUUUUAAAGCACAGACAGUGGUUAGCACUGUCGUGCGAGAGUUCGGUGGUCAUAAGGAUGGCAUUUGGCAAGUGGCCGCCAAGGUAGGACAGCCUAUAAUUGGUACAGCGUCUGCAGAUCAUACCGCAUGCAUUUGGAGCAUUGAAAGUGGGCGUUGUCUGCUGCAGUACCAAGGGCAUGCUGGCUCUGUGAACUCACUCAAGUUUCAUCAGCAUCGGGAUUUGGUGCUCACCGGCAGCGGGGAUGGCACUGCCCACAUAUGGCAGGCAGCUGUCAACUGGGAGGUGUCCAAGAAAGGGCACUCGUCGGAGGAGGAGCUUGAUGACAGCGAUGAACAGCUGGAGGAUCGUGACCGUGUGGACACCUUGCGCACACCCAUAUGCGAGUUCUCCGGUCCAGGCGGUCAUCUGUCAGUGGUAGUUGCUGCCGAUUGGCUGUCAAGCAUGGAUCAAAUUAUCACCGGCAGCUGGGAUCGCACUGCUAUACUUUGGGAUGUGGAGACUGGUCAGCCGCUGCAGCCACUCACUGGACAUGACCAUGAGCUCACACAUGUAUCGGCACAUCCAACACAGCGCUUAGUUGUAACCGCUUCCCGUGACACUACCUUCCGUUUGUGGGACUUCCGUGAUCCAAUACCCGCUGUAUCCGUCUUCCAGGGACACACCGAAACAGUCACUUCCAGUGUUUUUGCACGCGAUGAUAAGGUCGUUUCUGGCUCGGAUGAUCGCACCAUUAAAGUAUGGGAACUUCGCAAUAUGCGCUCUGCCCUGGCCACCAUACGCACUGAUUCCUCUGUCAACCGCUUGGCCGUGUCUAGUGGCGGCAUCAUAGCCAUACCGCAUGAUAAUCGGCAGAUUAGGUUGUUUGAUUUAAAUGGUCAACGUGUGGCACGACUGCCACGCACGAGUCGCCAAGGACAUCGACGCAUGGUGUCCUCGGUGGCUUGGGCGGAGGAGCCGUUGCUGAAUUGUGAUUUGUUUUCGUGCGGCUUUGAUCGGCGCGUUUUUGGCUGGUCGAUUGUACUACCAAAGGAUAAUUGAAAGUUACUUAAACAUUGGACUGCUGCAGUGCAGCCGUAAGUCGAUCCAAUGCUAGCGAAUAUAUAUAUCUCUCUCGAACACUCGAACACAUCUUGUGCGUUUAGUUAUUGCAAAUAGCCGUCAUUUUAUAUUUUACCAACGUGUAUCAAGUAUUAUGCAAAUAAUAUUAAAACUUUGUUAGACUCGCAACUUAUCCAUAUACAUACAUACAUAUGCAUAUAUGCAGCAGGCA